GAGUGAGGACCCGGGAGUCACUGGAGGCGCAAGAUGGCGACGGCGGCCGCAGCAUCGGCUUCGGAAGCGGAGGCUGAGCCCAAGGCCGGGCCCAAGGCCGAGGGCGAGGAGGUUGAAGCUAAGGAGGCUAGGACGAGGAGAAAGGUGUUAUCGCGGGCCGUGGCCACCGCGACGUACAAGACGGUGGGGCCGGAGUGGGACCAGCAGGAGGAAGGCGUGAGUGAGAGCGAUGGAGAUGAGGAGUACGCCAUGGCUUCCUCGGCCGAGAGUUCCCCGGGGGAGUACGAGUGGGAGUACGACGAAGAGGAGAAGAACCAGCUGGAGAUCGAGCGGCUGGAGGAGCAGCUGUCUAUCAACGUCUAUGACUACAACUGCCACGUGGACCUGAUCCGGCUGCUUCGGUUGGAAGGGGAGCUUACCAAAGUGAGGAUGGCCCGCCAGAAGAUGAGCGAGAUCUUUCCUUUGACUGAAGAGCUCUGGCUGGAGUGGCUGCAUGACGAGAUCAGCAUGGCCCUGGACGGCCUGGACAGAGAGCACGUGUAUGACCUCUUCGAGAAAGCAGUGAAGGAUUACAUCUGUCCUAACAUUUGGCUAGAGUACGGCCAGUACUCAGUCGGCGGGAUUGGUCAGAAAGGUGGCCUUGAGAAAGUCCGCUCUGUGUUCGAAAGGGCCCUCUCGUCCGUCGGGUUACACAUGACCAAGGGACUCGCCAUCUGGGAGGCUUAUCGGGAGUUCGAAAGUGCCAUCGUGGAAGCUGCCCGGCCCAUAGCUGGCUUCCUUUCCCCUUUUGACCGGGAACAAACCUUUGAUUCACAGCUGGAGAAAGUCCACAGUCUCUUCCGGCGACAGUUGGCGAUCCCACUCUACGAUAUGGAGGCAACGUUUGCAGAGUAUGAAGAAUGGUCAGAAGACCCCAUACCAGAGUCAGUAAUUCAGAACUAUAACAAAGCACUACAGCAGUUGGAGAAAUACAAACCCUAUGAAGAAGCACUGUUGCAAGCGGAAGCACCCAGGCUGGCUGAAUAUCAAGCAUACAUCGAUUUUGAGAUGAAAAUUGGAGACCCCGCCCGCAUUCAGUUGAUCUUUGAGCGUGCUCUGGUCGAGAACUGCCUUGUCCCAGACUUGUGGAUCCGUUACAGUCAGUACCUAGAUCGGCAGCUGAAAGUAAAGGAUUUGGUUUUAUCUGUACACAGUCGCGCUGUUAGAAACUGCCCGUGGACAGUUGCCCUGUGGAGUCGGUACCUCUUGGCCAUGGAAAGACAUGGAGUUGAUCAUCGAGUGAUUUCGGUGACCUUCGAGAAAGCUCUGAGUGCUGGCUUCAUUCAGGCCACCGAUUAUGUGGAGAUCUGGCAGGCGUACCUUGAUUACCUGAGGAGAAGGGUCGAUUUCAAACAAGACUCCAGUAAAGAGCUGGAGGAGCUGCGGUCUGCGUUCGCCCGCGCCUUGGAGUACCUGAAGCAGGAGGUGGAGGAGCGUUUCAGUGAGAGUGGAGAUCCAAGCUGCCUGAUCAUGCAGAACUGGGCUCGGAUUGAGGCUCGACUGUGCAAUAACAUGCAGAAAGCCCGGGAGCUCUGGGACAGCAUCAUGACCAAAGGGAACGCCAAGUAUGCCAACAUGUGGCUUGAGUAUUACAACCUGGAAAGGGCCCACGGUGACACUCAGCACUGCAGGAAGGCUCUGCACCGGGCAGUCCAGUGCACCAGCGACUACCCGGAACACGUCUGUGAGGUGUUGCUCACCAUGGAGAGGACAGAAGGUACUUUAGAAGAUUGGGAUAUAGCCGUUCAGAAAACCGAAACUCGACUGGCUCGCGUUAAUGAGCAGAGAAUUAAGGCUGCGGAGAAGGAAGCAGCCCUCGCCCAGCAAGAGGAAGAAAAGGUUGAACAACGGAAGAGGGCCCGGGCAGAGAAGAAAGCGUUGAAAAAGAAGAAGAAGACCAGAGGCUCGGACAAGAGCAAAGCUGAUGAGGAUGAUGAGAAAGAGUGGGGCGACGAUGAGGAAGAGCAGCCUUCCAAGCGCAGGAGGGUGGAGAACAGCGUUCCUCCCGCUGGGGAGGCUGAGCCGGGCCCAGAAGCCCGCCCGGGCCUCUGUGGGGGCAGCGCCCCUGCGGCCGCGGAGCCCCCCUCCGAGCAGCAGGAGCAGCGGGCGGCUGCCCGAAGGAGGGAUGCGCCCAGGGUGCCGCACGACAGCAGCAAGGACGGCGUCACCGUCUUCGUCAGCAACCUGCCCUACGGCCUGCGGGAGCCUGCCGCCACGCUCCGGCCGCUCUUCGAGGCCUGCGGGGACGUGGUCGAGGUCCGCCCCAUCUUCAGCAACCGCGGCGACUUCCGGGGCUACUGCUACGUGGAGUUUAAAGAGGAGGCGGUGGCCCUGCGGGCCCUGGAGCUGGAUCGGCAGACCGUUGAGGGGCGGCCAAUGUUUGUCUCCCCUUGUGUGGACAAGAGCAAAAACCCAGACUUCAAGGUGUUCAGGUACAGCACUGCCCUGGAGAAACACAAGCUGUUCGUCUCGGGCCUGCCAUUCUCUUGCACGAAAGAGGAACUAGAAGAGAUCUGCAAGGCCCACGGCACUGUGAAGGACAUCCGGCUGGUCACCAACCGGGCCGGCAAACCCAAGGGCCUGGCCUACGUGGAGUACGAAAACGAAUCCCAGGCAUCUCAGGCCGUCCUGAAGAUGGACGGCAUGACUAUCAAAGAGAACGUCAUCAAAGUGGCCAUCAGCAACCCGCCUCAGAGGAAGGCUCCAGAAAAGCCAGAGGCAAGGAAAGCCCCGGGGGGCGCCAUGGUGCCGCGGCAGAUCUACGGAGCGCGGGGGAAGGGGAGGACCCAGCUCUCUCUGCUGCCCCGCGCCCUGCAACGCCCAAGCGCCACCGCGGCCCAGGCUGAGAACGGCCCUGCCUCGCCGCCGCCGGCGGCCACCGAGGUACCCAAGAUGUCCAAUGCCGACUUUGCCAAGUUGCUUCUGAGAAAGUGAGUGGGACCGUGCGAGAAGGGAAAUGCCUUACUUGAUGCUGGCCGGGAAGACGCCCGGUGGCCCAGCUGCGCCCUGGCUGUGCAGGACCCGGUGCAGCGCCCGUGGCCACACGCUUGCUCUGGUUUAGGUAGGACGGGAAAAGGGUGUCCAAGGAAAGAGGCUUUAAGUGCUCCCUCAUAUUGAGGGCGAGAGGACGAAAACGGUCACUCCACAGGCUGGGCGCAGGGUGUGGUUUCCUAAGAUGUGUCUUAAAGAGUGAGAAACAGAAGUGAAACGCGAACACACCGUUUUGAGACCCCCUUGUCCAAAUAUUUUUGGCCACCUCUGGUCCCCUUUUUAUAAGACACUUCUCUUACACCCUGCACAGCACAUGUGCCCGUCACUCUUUUUAAAAGACAAAAUGGCAGAUGUUAGUAAUUCACCAGAAUGGCCUAUUUUAGUAAAGGGGUGGGGGCAAGGGGCACAUAAAAAACAUCUGAUGGGCUUUUGUUCACGGGGGCUGUGCGUUUUUAUAUUACGUAUUUGUAAAUGACACGUCAACCCACUGUUUUGUUUCCUAAAAGCAAAAUACUUGUGACAUUUGUUUUGUAUAGGAAUUCUGUGCGCCAUCUGCUAUGGACGUUUUUCUUUGCCUAGUGACUAGUGAACUGUGUUCUUUGUCUAAAUGUUGAGUUUCAGCCCUUUGGUUUUGUUUAAAUAGCAUUGUCAAGUGCAAACUUAAAUUCUCCCCAUUUAGCUUUGUUUAUUAAACUGAAGUUCUCUUAAAAACUUGUCGAAAGGUACCCAGAUGUGCAUUCAAAUAUGUAUUUUGAAAUGGGUGUACCUUGGUUUACCUAAUGGGUGUGUAAAUAGAACUUUUGUAAGUCAAAUCCGCUUG